AAAAGGCUUAACAAUCGUUCUUUCCAACGCUCACCUCUUCACCACAGAAAAAUCUCGCUCCAGGAAUUGCGCGUACCCAUCGAUCGCGUCAAAGAGGUCAAAAUGGUUGAUCAGGUUCAGCACCCUACUGUCAUGCAGAAGGCUGCCUGCCAGUUCCUGAGGUCCAGCGUUUCUCAGGACAUUAAUGCUUAUGAUGGGGCUUUCCAGAGGCCUUCUAUGCACCAAAGGCGUGCUGCAUAUGGAAACUACUCCAAUGCCGCAUUCCAAUACCCUCUUGUCCCCACAAGCCGGGUCGCAUCAACUGCUUCCCCGGUGUUUGUCGCAGCUCCAUCAGAAAAAGGGCUAAGUAUCUUUGCUAUUGAUUUCCUGAUGGGUGGUGUUUCUGCUGCUGUGUCGAAGCCCGCUGCCGCUCCCAUCGAGCGUGUCAAGCUUUUGAUCCAGAACCAGGAUGAGAUGAUCAAGGCCGGCAGGCUUUCUGAACCCUACAAGGGUAUUGGUGACUGUUUCAAGAGGACAACGCAGGAAGAGGGAAUUGUUUCAUUGUGGAGAGGAAACACUGCCAAUGUCAUCCGUUACUUCCCCACUCAGGCCUUGAACUUUGCGUUCAAAGAUUACUUCAAGAGGCUCUUCAACUUCAAGAAAGACAGGGAUGGCUACUGGAAGUGGUUCGCCGGCAACUUGGCCUCUGGAGGUGCAGCUGGUGCGUCAUCCCUUCUCUUCGUGUACUCCCUUGACUAUGCCCGUACCCGUCUGGCCAACGAUUCCAAGGCUGCCAAGAAGGGAGGUGAGAGGCAGUUCAACGGUCUUGUCGAUGUAUACAAGAAGACCCUCAAAUCCGACGGUAUUGCUGGACUCUACCGUGGGUUCAACAUCUCCUGUGUCGGUAUCAUCGUCUACCGAGGUCUCUACUUUGGUCUGUACGACUCUAUGAAGCCCGUCCUCCUCACUGGAGACCUCCAGGAUAGUUUCUUCGCCAGCUUUGCCCUCGGGUGGCUCAUAACCAACGGAGCGGGACUGGCAUCAUACCCAAUUGAUACGGUCAGAAGAAGAAUGAUGAUGACAUCGGGUGAAGCUGUGAAGUACAAGAGCUCACUCGACGCCUUUGGGCAGAUACUGAAGAACGAGGGAGCGAAAUCGCUCUUCAAGGGAGCAGGUGCCAACAUCCUCCGUGCCAUUGCAGGUGCCGGAGUUCUCGCCGGUUACGACAAGUUGCAGCUCAUUGUCUUCGGCAAGAAGUACGGUUCUGGUGGUGCCUAAGUUUGCACAAAGCACCCAAGCCAUUUUGAAGAUGUUGAUGAAAUCUUGUCUUUUUUUGUUCUCUCUAGAUUUAUGGGUUUUUAUCAGAAAUAAUUAAUAAUUCAUGUUUAGGAGGAGGUUAUGCCACACUUUCCUUCGAACCUUAUUAUAUUUAAAAAAAACGAUUUUGGGAUUAGGAGCUGUUUUUGUUUGACGAUGAGGAAAUUGUUAUUUGUUCU